AAGAGUGAAAGUCAUGGUCCUGCCCCAGGGAAAGCAUGAGCCAAACAACUGGAACAAAAUAGGUUUUGAGAAAAGCCUCCUCUAUGAAUCCAACACUUUUGAUAUAAAUCUAAGGGACGUAAAAGGGUGUGUAAAGCCAUGUCACAGUGAUUCUGAAGUUUGCCUAGGUGGACCAGAACAGGGAGAAUCUGCAAAACACUGUUGCAAACAUUUCAAUGCCAAGGACGAGUGUAUCAACCUUCAUGGAGGCACAAUACAUUUCUCUGUGCCAUCAAUACAUAAUAGGACAGUGAACAUACAAUUUAAAACAAACACCGCAGAAAUAAACACUACUCAACACUCUAUCACCUGUAAGUCUACUGAUGACAACAGUACAGGUCUCCGAUUCUACAAGAGCGCUAAAACCUGGAUUGAUGCCCUGAAGCACUGCCAUGGACGGAAUUCCUCCCUGGUUCAGAUAACCAACGAGACAGUGAAGAAGGAUGUUAAGUUGCUCCUGGAAGAGAACUGUGGAAACAUAAACCUGCAGGGAGGGGUGUGGAUCGGCCUGGAGAGAUCCAUCUUUGGCUGCAAUGUCCCCUGGAUGUGGACCUCAGGUACAGAAGUUGAAUAUAAUGAGUGGAAUAGCAGCUUCCCCAUCGACCCUGUUAACAACCACUGUGGGAAGAUCAUCUGGGUCAAUGAGUCAAUCACCUACAAGUGGCAGGAUGCCCACUGCUUUGAUAAAUUGCCUUUCAUCUGCCAAGAUACAACAUAA